GAACUACGUCUCUUUCUUUUUCCGGUCGCCAAAAUGGGUAUUGAUAUUAGCCACAAAUACGAUCGUAAGGUUCGCAGAACUGAGCCUAAAUCCCAAGAUGUUUACUUGCGUCUUUUGGUCAAGUUGUACCGUUUCCUUCAACGCCGUACCAACAAAAAAUUCAACCGCAUCGUGUUGAAACGUUUGUUUAUGAGCAAGACCAACAGGCCACCCAUGUCAUUGCAACGUGUGAGCCGUUUCUUCAAAGUCGCCAAGCAACCCGAUUCCACCAUUGUUAUUGUUGGCACCGUCACCGAUGACGUUCGUCUAUUGACCGUCCCCAAAAUGAGCGUCUGUGCUUUGCACGUCACCCAAACCGCUCGGGAACGCAUCUUGAAGGCUGGUGGUGAAGUUAUUACUUUCGAUCAAUUGGCCCUAAAGUCACCCACUGGCAAGAACUGUUUGUUGUUGCAAGGUAAGCGUACCGCACGUACUGCCUGCAAACACUUCGGCAAAGCUCCCGGUGUACCUCACUCUCACACUCGCCCCUAUGUACGCUCCAAGGGACGUAAAUUUGAACGUGCCCGUGGUCGUCGUUCAAGCUGUGGUUACAAGAAGUAAACAAAUAACAAAAAGUUUUUUCUUUUUGUGUAUAGUUACAUUAAUUAAGUUUGCUAAUUAAUAUCCAUCAAUAAGGACAACAAAAAAAUCUAUUCAAUAAGAACGUGAAUAAAAGAAAUCAGUUUACAUGAUUGUUCCCACAAACCAGCGAGUCUUGGUUGAAGGAGCAUUUUUAAAUAAUA